GAUUUAAAGUGAAAUUAACAUCAGCAAAACCAAGUGUUAGUUCAUUAGAAAAUUUUCAUUAUGACAGAGAGAAAUUACUGAAAAAAUAAUUCAAAAGAUGUAGCCUUAAAACCUGUUUGAACAAUUCUUUCAGUCUGUUCUUAUUCUCCCCCGAAUUAGCAUGAGUAAAUGAAAACCAAACAUAGGUUCUUGCUGUUUUACWGAAAUACUCAUUUCUUGGAGGGAGACACGGGAAAGACAUCUAAUAAAAUAUCUUUCCCAUAGUGUGUGUUAAAGGACAAGUGGAAUAAUUUUAAGAUCCCGGGCUAAUGAUUUCAGAUGUACUUAUUUAUAUUGUUACUAUUCGAUUUUUCAAAACUUAUUAUCAAGUUGUGAAUGUGCAACGUUACCACAAUGAAACAUGAUAGUGUCAAAUUCAACACUGAUGGGCAUAAUUUUCCCUGGUUUUGUAUCAUCUUUCAUUAAAAACAUUUGGAAGUCAGCAGCAAUAAUCUAGAGAUUAUUCUCAUAYUUAUUAAUAAAGAAAUUAAAGCUGAUUGUUUAUAAUGUGAGGCAGUGGGUAACUUUUCCCUGUAUUCUGGUGGCUUUUUUUCUUUUAGUCCUUAUCAGGUUUACUUGUCCCAUUCUUAAUCUUAUCAGCCGCAUUUCCACUGCCUAGACUGUCAAAGGAACACCAAGUGCUGGAGAUAAAAUGCUGGAGGUGUAAAAAUCUCCUGCUCAGAAGCUAAAUCAGAAUCACAUGUCAACACAGUUCAGGCUCAGCCUCUGGCAGGGUGGCGGGAUCAUUGUUUUUAAUGCCAUUUACUAAUUAAAAAUGAGUCCCAGAUUACGGAAAGUCUGGAAUGAAGCGGCUUACUAAAAUGGUGGUUUAGCUUCUUGAACUGGCUGCACCGGAGUCUGACAUUAAACUGUAAUUUAUUGAAUAUUGCUCAGCAAUUUCCAAACGCUCUUCUGACAAGAGGCAGCGCAGUUUAUAUUUCACUCAAUCAUCGCCCCGUGUUUCGGCCGGAGCUGCUUUCACCCCCGAUGGGGAUGUGUGGCAGGACUGCGGCAGGUGUAUUUUAUUCAGCAGAUGUACUGUAAACGCAUUAUAGCAGAUUAGCUGGAUUUCUUCCUUUAAAUGUAMACUGUGAGAUCCAACUUGCAAGCCAGCUGUUUCUUAUCGGCCCGUGUAAUCUUCCCGAGCCCGGCUUUGCCUUUUCCUCUCGCAGCUAUUUCUGUAACGGGAUCGGACGAGCGAGAGCGCCGCUAUGAAUUUUAAUGCUUCCACUGGGGAAUCCCUGCCGCCUCCUCUUUUUGGAUGAGAUCCUCGAGGAAAGACCCAGAACGCAGCGAGGAGGAGGAGGAGGAGGCGGAGGAGAGGGACGGCACAGCCGCGGUACCGGGGMCAGUGGAAAGGGGGAGCCGCGGGCAGUGAUUAGGGACCGACACCGAGGCGGGCACUGGGGCGGGUGGGAGCCAUGGGGAAGGAAGGAUGGCUCGGGGCGUGUGUCGCUGCCUGACCGCCGCACGUCCCGCCGCCGCCCCCGCACACAUGCACCCUUCGGCAUCCCCCGGGGCCGGCCGCCACCUGGACAGCGCCGAGGGCAUCCCGCUGGCUCCGGCCGASGGACAGAACCCGCGGACCGAGCGCUAAAACCGCCUCGCCAUCCGCACGCCGCGGCUCGAGAAGAGGAGCCCCGGGUGGCGCGCCAGCCGCCGGCACCCCAUGGAUAAGGGGGGCUCCCUGCACAGCUCGGUGCCCGCGCCGCCGCCCCGGCUCUACCUGCCGCGCAACUUCAGCUGCAGCGCCUGCCUCUAUGGCAGCCUGGCCGAGCAGUGCCGGGCGGGCUGCAGCCCCGACGGCGACGCCGCGCCCACGCCCGUGGUGCGGGAAGCGGCGGGCGAGAAGCCGCCGCCGASCCGCGGCCGGGAGCCCACGCUGCCCGCCGUGCCCCCCAGCCCCACGCAGCGCCGCCGCGCCAAGUCGCUGCCCACGCCCGGCGACCGCAGCCUGCGCCCCGCGCUGCAGCAGAGCCCGGCGCGCCGCAAGACCGUGCGGUUCGCCGACUCGCUGGGGCUGGAGCUCACCUCCGUGCACCUCUUCUGCGAGGCCGACCUGCCGCGGGUGCCGCUGCCCGCGCCGCCGACGCCGCGCCCCGCCGACCUCCUCAAGACCAGGAAGCCGCCGGCGCUGGGCGAGCUGGAGCCGGUGCUGUUCGGGCCGCCGCCGCCGCUGCUGGAGCCGCUGUUCCCKCCGCAGCCCGGUGCCAGCCCCGGCUUCACGGAGCGGGUGCGGCAGCACAAGGUGAGGCUGGAGUGGGUGCGGGCAGARCCGGCGGGGCUGCGCGGGGCCGUGCGCGUCCUCAACCUCGCCUACGAGAAGGUCGUGUCGGUGCGCUACACGCUCAAUGGCUGGGCCAGCUGCGCCGAGGCUGUCGCCACGUACCAGCCGCCCGGGCCGGCCGACGGCAUCACCGACCGCUUCGCCUUCCUGCUGCCCCUGGGCGCCGCCGCGGCCRCCGACACCACGCUGGAGUUCGCCGUCCGCUACCGCGUGGCCGGCUCCGAGUACUGGGACAACAACGAGGGCAAGAACUACCGGCUGAGGGGCCGACAGCGCGUCCCGCCCGCCGCCGGGCCCCCGCAGGACCCGGACAGCUCCGCCUGGAUCCACUUCAUCUGAGGCGGCGGCAGCGCGGAGCCCGCGGAGGGCCAGCCCUCGGCCCGGCACCUGCCCGGCCACCUCUCCUCAAGCCAACGGGAGGUGUUUUCCCGAGUUGUGUUUACAGAUGGGUAAUUUGUGUUUUGUGUGUCAUUAGCGGUGCCGGGGGGAACCCGGGCUCGGCUCYCGGGGUGUGGGCAGGGAGGCCGGGCGCGGGUUCCCCCUCAGAACAUUGUGGCUUCCACCAAAGCAGCGGCUGCCGGGCCGGGCCCCGGUGACAAGGCCGGGAAUGUGCAGGAAUUGCCGGUCAGGACCGGGAUCCGCAGGUGGGUGCACUGCUCCCGGCCCCGCAGGUCAGGAUGGGCUGCUGUCCCCUCACAGGUAACGCGGAGGGCACUGCCACAGGGCAUGCCUCUGUCCUAUUUGCCUAAUCCUGCUCAAGCAAAGCUCCGGCCUGGGCCUGGAUCCGCUCUCAGUGCCUCUCUGACCCACUCGUGUUAAUUGUCCCGCGGGGUUAAGGACCUGAUAAUGCAGUCUAAGGAGCGGAUUAUGGUUUUGAACCCAAAAAGAGAAGAGUACGGAUGCCCCAAGGUGUAGCUGUAUUUCAUCAUGCAGUGAAAUGUUUGUUUUAAAGCAAAGAUUUAUUUUUUUUUCCAUUUUGAACACUCUUUCGGGUAUUUUAACAUAGUUAGAAAGAAGAAAACAUCAUCACACCCUCUUUGAAACACAACUYAUGGAGAGAUUUUAAGAAGAAAGUGUUUUGGUUUAGAAUUCGUGUGGUACGUUGAUGGAAAAGUUUUUCAGGGUCUGGUGUUUGUUUCGGUAGGAUUGGCCCCACAAAGCUGCUUGUGUUCAGGUCAGCAGGAAAGUCGUGGAAUUGCACCAAAGGAACGAGAGAGGAGGCAAGAGUUGAAUCCGUAAUUCUCGCCUGCAUCACAUGCAAUGUUUUCCAUUUUAUUCCUGUUAACAGUUUAAUUAAACAGGAUCAGUGCAGGAGCCUGUUUCUGAAUUUCCUGCUCCAGAUUCUUCACAAUAAUUUCAGUAAGUGAUGGAUUUCACAAAACUGUGAGGUUUAAUCAGACAAAUCAAAGAAAGUUGCACUUUGCCGUAUAAAAGUGUAUCGAGAAAAAUUGACACAGUAUGCUGACUUCUGCCUUCAAAGGUGUGUUUUAAAUUAAAUUAGCACUAAACAUAGCAUUUUCCUUUUUAAACUUGGUUUUUCAGGAGUUCAGCUGUAUACAGGUUGUGUUGGUGCCAAAUCUGGGUGCUAAUUUUCCAGGAUUGAGGCAUGUAUGUGUUUGCCAGAGAGGGGCCUCUGCAAAUACGAUUUCUGAGAGUGGUAAAACCAUGUCGGUGGGAUUUUCUGGUUGUGAAGGACUGUAAGAUCGGGCCUUAAAGGUUUUGGAUCUUCUGUAGGUUGUUUUGGAAUGAAAUGUGAUUUUUUUUUUAAACUGCAUUUUUAUGUUUCUUGUAAGGGUUAAGUGUCCCAAGCAGCUUGAGUAAUGUCUGGAGUAAUGAGUUCUCACAGAACCUUUUGACUUUGGUGAGAAUUGAGAGCACUUUUGUCUCCUGAGGGCCUGAUUCAGUCAGAAUAAUUAAACUUCUUAAUUCUGGGGGAAAAAAAGAGGCCUGGAAACUCGAUGGUAAAAGAGUAUUUAAUUUAAUUUCUGUGGAUUAUUGGUUCUGAUUUAAUGGAAAUAUUGACAAGGCUUCUUUCUGUAGUAUUGGUAGCUUGGUUUUAAUUUCCCAGUCAGUGUUUUAAUUGCUGUGCUUUAAUGAAACAGAAUUCAAGAGAAAUAUACUGUCAGCAUCUACUGAGUACUUCACAUUUUAGAAUAUUGAGGUCCCCAUCUAGUAAUACAGUAAUUCUGUAAGUUGCUAGAACACAUUUAUAAYGCUAGAAUUGCACAACUAGAGUCUUUAAAUGUGAUUAAAUCGUAUUAAGUGGUGUAUUUGAUAAAGAAAGCCCAAGUGUCUUUUGGUUGAACUUACACUUUUUAUAAGAGCCUUAAUACUGGAGAGAAGGAAAAGGACUUGUCUCCAUUUGAAAGCACUUUGAAAUCUGGUAGAAAUAUAGCAAACCAUCAUUUAUUUAUGUGUUACAGCUUUCCAAAAGCUUGGCCUUUUUAACCGACAGAGUGAACCGACAGUUAUGUGGACUGAUGAAAAUGCUUGGAGAGAAAAGUAGUUUCUAAGCAUUUUAGAUCAACUGAUGCUGAAACUUUGCUUAUGAAGUUUUAACAAGGUUUCCUGUUUAUUGUUCCAAUGGCUUUAUAAACACAAACCGUGCUAGAACCAUUAGAGAACAAUUACAGAACUCCGCAAAAUCAUUUUCCAGUAAUUGGCAAUCYUCAUUAUCAUUUGAUUCAUGCAUCAUCUGCAGGUCUCUUACAGCUYUCUAAAGGUCUUUAAAAAAGUUUUAAAACCUCCUUCUCGCAGCUGUGGCUUAAACACUUUCAAUUUGGAUUACCUACAUGGAUGUAUGCAUCAAGUGCAUAAGGCAGUYGUGUUACAUUUUAUUUUUCAAAAUGACUUAGGUGAAGUUACUGCUGCUCUUGUUUGGAAUUUUGCAGGCAGAAUUGGGCUAUGGCUUUAUAAUACUUUCAGAUAUUAUUGUUAUAUUUUUGGCCACCUUUGCCAAAAGCAAAUUUGAACAUUAAACCUUUUGAAGUUGUAGCAUACCAGAAGAGUGUUUUGCACAACAGUGUCCUGAGCUUUCAAGCAUAUAAUCCUGACCUCAACUGGAAUUUUGUGAGUGACUUUAUGGGCUUGAUCAGAGAUUACUGAUGAUAUACAUGCAAGUCCUGUAAAAGAYGUGGUCUUAUAGAAGAAUUAGAGACAGCUGCAUUGUAGUGCCUGGAAAGGGAAGGUUGCACCCAGCCAGCUUUGACUGGAGAAUGAUAUUGGUGAAGUCUGUGGAAGGAGACUGAGGUGUUUUCAUAGAAAUUAUCAGUGGCAUAUGCCAAAGCUGCCCUACUUCGAUUACAUAUUUGCACUUCUGUCACAGGGGUUUAUUUCCAAGCGAGGUUUGUUCAUAUUUCCGUACACAUGUAAGGUUACAAUGUCUGUGAAUGUUUUUCCACUGGCAGCACUCAUGCAGUUUUCAAUCCAUUAGAUUUSAAUCUGAUGCUGUCUAAUACUUGCUAGAAGCAUUGUGAUAARUGGAGAUGAAAUUAAAAUGUCAAAUGAUAUUAAUAUACCACAUAAACAAUGACUUUGGGGAGGAAAACCUUUGUUGAAGGGGGUAAUUUUUAAGUUGACAGGACACCAAUCAUUGGGAGCAUCAACCAAACAACUUUUUAAAACUGUAUUUCUAAAGAAUAUUGUUCAAGAGAAAGAAMUUUCACAAGCAAAGUUAAAUAUUUGAGAAUUUUCAAUUCAAUCUGUUUCUGGAAAAAAAAUGUUUUUAUUUGCAUGAAUGGAGUCCAUGCCACCUCCCUUUCCAAGUGAUACCAGAAUGGUUUAGGCAAGGCAAUAAUGCUUAGGUCUAUAAGUGAAUUCUUCAUUGCUUAUGUCUCUGCAGAUGUAAAAACGUGUCUGUCAUUUAUGGUGCAAAGUUGUAGCUUUAUGAAAUGUGCCAUGAUAUUUUAUGUGCACUAUAAUGGUAAUUUACACAGCGAGUCAAGUUGUACUGUAUGUCUGAUGGGUGUUUGCUGUUUCACACUUGAACUGGUAGGGGUUUUGCAUGUGAUUUUAUGCCUUCCAUGGCAUUAUUUUGGAAAUUUACCCUAAUUAUUAGAAAUCUCAAAACAAAUCUGGACUAUUAAGUGACUGUAAAUGAAUUUCAGCUAGCUAAACAUUUUAUUUAUCAGCAUAAAAUCAGUAACUGGAUCUGUUGUACUUAUUUUCACUAAAUGUACAUAACUCCARGUAAAUUAAUCUUUUUUCUCCUUUUACCAUUUGCAAGUAUCUUUCUUGAUAUGAAUGUGUGUGCCUCAGUAUCUCAGUAAACAACAGAGAGAGUGGACACUCUGUUGUUUCAGCAGAUGUGAGGGGCAAAUGUGUCACUUGUAUGAACAAAUGUCUGUUCAUUCAUGAGCAUCACCCCUUUACAGRUACAUGAAAUAUUUUUCCAUAAUGCCCAUAGGCAAGCAGCUGCUAAUUUUAAUGUAAAGUAACCUGCAGAAAUACUAAGAAUCUGGAUUUUGCAACAUAUUAUAUAUUAAGAUUUUCAUGUGCCUUUCAGCAUUUCCUAGGAAUAAASAUCAUGUGUUCCUUAGCUCUCCCACCACAAGUCCAAUAAUGAAUUUGUCAUGAAAAUGAAAUUUUAAAAAAAUACAAUAAUCCUAAUUCCUGACACAUUUUUAGCUGUGCCAGAAAUCCUGUAUCUWUAGCAGCUAGAAGAGUUUGAUAAUAUUUUCCCAUAUUGCAGUGAAAGAAAUGUCAGUGAGAAAUAUGGAGGUGUCUUUGUGGGACACCUCUACAAUUAUGU